ACCGUAACACUGAUGGCUGCGGCCGACCGCAAGCAUCAAUUAAUUUCCAGCCGACUACUGCAAGUUAAACUAAAUAACAUCUAGAUAAAAUAUUUGAUUGCAAAGAGUCAAAAAGAUAUAGACAUGCCUGCCGAUUCUAACCUUAUAGUAGCGGGAGAAGCGAUAAAAGAAAGCCUGUUUCAAAGUCUCCCAGACAGAUCGAAACAUGAGGAGUUUAUACGAAGAGCUGUGGACUUGUUGGUGGAGAGAGUGGUGUUCGGAAGGUCUCAGAGGUCAGCUAAGGUGGUGGAAUGGGCAGCUCCGGAUGAAAUUAAAAGCGUUAUUGAUUUGAAACCCAGGGAAGGGCCCAUCUCUCAUGACGAACUUUUAGCCAUCAUGGCUGAUGUUGCGCGUUACUCUGUCAAUACUGGGCAUCCUUACUUCGUGAACCAGUUGUUCUCUACAGUAGAUCCAUAUGGUCUGAUUGGACAAUGGCUGACUGAUGCGUUAAACCCUAGUGUUUAUACUUACGAAGUAGCCCCUGUCUUCACUCUGAUGGAAGAAGAAGUACUGAGGGAAAUGCGGGCUAUCGUUGGGUGGAAAGACGGCGACGGAGAUGGUAUAUUCUGUCCUGGAGGAUCGAUAUCCAACGGAUAUGCGAUCAGCUGCGCCAGACAUCACUUCUAUCCAGAUGUCAAGAGUAAAGGUGUAUACGCAGUACCAAAACUGGUACUCUUUACAUCGGAACUAGCACAUUACUCGACUAAGAAAAUGGCCUGCUUCAUGGGUAUUGGUAGCGACAACUGUAUCAUGAUAAAAACAGACGAAUUGGGUAAAAUGGAUGCUGCGGAUUUAGAAAUCAAGAUUACUGAAGCUAUAAAUGCGGGAUCUACUCCCUUUAUGGUUACUGCGACUGCGGGUACGACUGUGUUUGGGGCUUUCGAUCCCUUGAUUCCGAUAUCUGGUCUAUGCAAGAAGUAUAAUCUAUGGUUACAUGUUGAUGCGGCCUGGGGCGGAGGCGCAUUGAUGUCGAAGAAACAUAGGCAUCUCUUAAAAGGAAUAGAGUUAGCCGAUUCGGUAACAUGGAAUCCUCACAAGCUUCUUGCAGCUCCGCAGCAAUGUUCCACAUUCCUGGUCAAACAUAAAAAUGUCCUGAAGGAAGGCCAUUCAUCCAAUGCGAAGUAUCUCUUCCAGAAGGAUAAGUUUUACGACACCUCGUACGAUACUGGUGACAAACACAUCCAAUGCGGACGACGCGCCGAUGUCCUCAAAUUUUGGUUCAUGUGGAAAGCGAAAGGUAGUGACGGUUUCGAGAAGCAUAUCGACAAACUCUUCGAUAACGCUAAAUACUUCUUGGAUCACAUCAAACAAAGAGCUGGCUUUGAGCUUGUACUCGAGAAUCCUGAAUGCACCAACAUUAUGUUCUGGUACGUUCCAAAUUGUCUACGAGGUUGCGAGAAUGAUCCGAAUUACAGAGAAAGGCUCCAUAAGGUCGCACCCAAAAUUAAGGAACGAAUGAUAAAAGAAGGAAGUAUGAUGGUCACGUAUCAGCCGCAAGGCAACCUCGUUAACUUUUUCCGUAUAGUAUUUCAAAAUUCAGCUCUAGACCACAAAGAUAUGGUCUAUUUUGCUAAUGAAUUCGAAAGGCUCGGAUCGGAAAUUGUUGUAUAGAUUAAAAUUAAAAUUAAUUUAUGUGACAACAUUUUAUUAGAUAAUAUUAUGUA